AUGGUUUCCCCUUCUCAAGUUUACAGAUCCACCAGGUCCUCUGAUAAGCAGACUUAUUCCUUCGAAGAUGUUGUGAUCCAAGGUUUGGCUAGUGAUGGUGGUUUAUUCGUCCCCCCAGAAAUUCCACAGGUGUCUCAAGACGUUUUGUUUGGUAAAUGGGCUAAGCUCUCAUUCCAAGAUUUGCAAUUUGAAAUCAUGAGACUUUACAUUCCUCAGGAUGAAAUCCCAGAUGCUGACUUGAAAGAUCUAAUUACAAGAUCAUACUCUACCUUCCGUUCAUCUGAUGUGACUCCAGUAGCUAAGAAUAUUACCGGUGACAAAGAGAAUCUACAUGUUUUAGAAUUAUUCCAUGGUCCAACCUACGCUUUCAAAGAUGUGGCAUUACAAUUUCUAGGUAAUUUGUUCGAAUAUUUCUUAGAGAGAACCAACAAGGAUCUACCUUCAGAGCAAAGAAAGAAGAUCACAGUGGUAGGUGCUACCUCUGGUGAUACUGGUUCAGCUUCUAUCUAUGGUCUAAGAGGUAAGAAGGAUGUUUCUGUCUUCAUCUUAUAUCCAACUGGUAGAAUUUCUCCAUUGCAAGAAGAACAGAUGACUGUCGUGCCAGAUAAGAACGUGCAAACUUUGUCUGUGCAAGGUACUUUUGACAAAUGUCAAGACAUCGUGAAGGCUAUCUUCGGUGACAAAGAAUUCAACAGUAGACACAACGUUGGUGCUGUGAAUUCCAUCAACUGGGCAAGAAUUUUGUCCCAAAUGACUUACUACUUCUACGCUUAUUUCCAAGCUACUGGUGGUAAGGCUGAAAAAUUGAAGUUUGUUGUGCCCAGCGGUAACUUUGGUGAUAUGUUGGCCGGUUAUUUCGCUAAGAAGAUGGGAUUGCCAGUGGAAAAAUUGGUUAUUGCCACAAAUGAAAAUGACAUCUUGGACAGAUUUUUGAAGUCUGGUGUCUAUGAAAGGUCUGACGAAGUGGCUUCCACCCACUCCCCAGCCAUGGACAUUCUGGUGUCUUCCAACUUCGAAAGAUUACUGUGGUACUUGGCUCUAGAAUAUUUGGCAGACGGUGACUCUUUGAAGGCUGGUCAAAUUGUCAACGACUGGUUCCAACAACUAAAGACCGAGGGUAAAUUCCAAGUGGAAAAGGUCAUCGUGGAAGGUGCAUUGAAGGAUUUUGCUUCCGACAGGGUUUCCAAUGAAGAGACUCUUGCCACCAUCAAGAAGGUUUACGAGGUUUCUCAAAACCCUCAGCAUUAUAUCUUGGAUCCUCAUACCGCUGUUGGUGUUACUGCCGCUGAAAGAUUGAUCGCUGCAGACAAGGACAACUCCAUUCACUACGUUUCUUUGUCUACCGCUCACCCAGCAAAAUUUGCAGAAGCUGUUAAUCAAGCAUUGUCCUCUUUCGGUACUUACUCUUUUGAAAGAGAUGUUCUACCUGAUGAGUUGAGAAAGCUUUCUACAAUGGAAAAGAAGAUCAAGUUGGUCGACAGAGCUGAUCUGAAAUUGAUAGAAUCCAUCAUUGACGAGGAAAGUGCAAAGAUGGGAUUGUAA